AUGUCAGGAGGAGGUGGAAUCUACAGAGGAGAUAAAGGGAACUUUUUAUUCGCUUUCUCGACAGGGUAUGGGUUGGGUUCCAACAAAAGAGCUGAGCUCCAUGCAGUAUAUGAUGGCCUCAUCCUGUGUUUGGACAAUGGGCUGGAUAAGAUUGAGGUUGAAUCCGAUUCGAAGGUUGUGAUUGAUCUCCUAUUUGGGAAGUCGCCCACUCCUUGGCAGUGGAGACCGUUGGUCUCUAAGAUUGUUAAGUUGAAGCAGAGAAGGUCAUUUUCAUUCAGGCUUAUUCAGAGAGAAGGCAACGGGCCGGCGGAUGGGAUGGCCCGCGAGGGGAGAGAGAGCUAG